UCUCACAAAUGUUCCUCUUGGAUCUUUUUGAAGAAGUUGAUUUCCACUGGUACGCGAGGCAGGAUAUGAUUUGCAACAUGAAUAGCAAGCCAGUGAAGCAAAUUUCGAACCCAGACAAGAGAUUGAGAGAUGGGUUUGGAUUGGUCAUUCACAAGUUGUUGGACAUGCCAUGUGAACGCAACCCCUAAAGAAAUGUUUUCCUUUAGCUCUUAAAAAAAGAAAAAAGCCCACUGGGAAUAAAUGAAAACGGAGCGAUCUCUCUCCUAGUCCCUCCCUCCUGUUCUUGGUUCUGCCUUCACAUUAUGAGGGUGAGAUGGAUUUUUAAAAAGAAAUUAAUCCAAGAACGGGAAGAGAGACCCAGAGGAAUGGCAAAGGUACGAAAAAUCUUUGGGUUGACUGUAAGAAUCUUGUCCUGACUUAAUAAUCAAUUAGUCGGGUCAGGGCUGUAUACUGAUAGCUAGCUUCCAAUGGCUUUCGCCACGUCUUCCUUCAAUUUCUAGCGUUGACUAUUCUUCUUGGGCGUCCAAAUCCUUUCACCGCUUUCUCUCAAUACGCGUUUUGGUUCGUUGGUGGACAAUAUUUCCUACCAAGAUCUCCAGUGAAACGCUAUCUGAAUUGGAUAUUAUUUCACCCUACCAUUGUCGUGUACACGAACAAACACACACGCUGUUUAAAGUUUUGUGAUUGCUACUACCAAGUUCAGAAUGGACAGCAUAUCAUCUGGUCCUCUGUUGUUGAUUUCACUUCUUUGCUUUGCUUCUCUACUGCUAAAAUGUCACUCUUCUUCCUCAGACGAGCCGAAGACUUACAUUGUCUACACGGGGAACAGUAAGACUGAUGAAGCUUCUGCAUUGUCACAGUACACAAGCUUGCUGCAAAAAGUCUCUGAUAGCGAUGCUGUGCCCAAGUCAGUUCUCCAUCACUACAAACGGAGUUUCAAUGGCUUUGUUGCGAAGCUAACAGAGAAACAAGCAGAAACAAUUGCAGGACUUGAUGGUGUGGUCUCCGUGUUCCCCAGUCGAAAGAGACAACUCCACACAACAAGGUCUUGGGAUUUCAUUGGUUUCCCACUGAACGUGCAAAGAGCCACGACCGAAAGUGAUAUCAUCAUCGGAGUUCUCGAUUCUGGAAUCUGGCCUGAAUCCGAAAGCUUCAGUGACAAGGGAUUGGGCUCACCACCUAGGAAAUGGAAGGGAACAUGUCAAUCCUCACCUAACUUCACUUGCAACAAUAAAGUCAUUGGGGCAAAGUAUUACAGAGCUGAUGGAUCAUUUGGUGAUGAAGAGAAGUCUCCCAGAGACAAUGAUGGCCAUGGGACUCAUAUAUCAUCAACCGUGGCUGGGAACCCAGUGAACCACGCAAGCAUGUUAGGGCUGGCAACAGGAACAGCAAGAGGAGGUGCUGUAUCAGCACGCAUUGCUGUCUACAAAGUUUGCUGGAUCGAUGGUUGUUAUGAUGCAGACAUUCUCGCAGCUUUUGAUGAUGCCAUUGCUGAUGGGGUGGAUGUACUUUCAGUUUCUCUUGGAGGGCCAAAUGACCAGAAUUAUUUCAGAGAUGGACUAGCUAUUGGAGCUUUCCAUGCUAUGAAAAAUGGAAUAUUGACGGUAACUUCUGCUGGGAAUUCUGGCCCAAAACCUGGAUCACUCGUAAACUUUUCACCUUGGUCUAUUUCCGUGGCUGCUAGCACCAUUGAUAGAAAGUUUCUUGCCAAGGUUGGUUUAGGUGAUAACAGGACAUUUGAGGGACUUUCUGUAAAUACAUUUGACCUUAAGGAACAACAGUACCCUAUAAUUUAUGGAGGAGAUGCACCGAAUAUUAGAGCAGGCUUUGAUGGAUCUUCAUCCAGGUCUUGUGGGGAAGGUUCGUUGAAUCCAAAUUUAGUCAAGGGUAAAAUUGUUCUGUGUGAAGGCAGAAGCAAAGCAGAAGGUGCCUUCGUGGCUAAAGCUAUUGGUGCACUUACACAAGGUCAGAAUUCCAGAGACUAUGGCUGGUCUUUCCCCCUGCCUGCUUCGUACAUUGACUUGCAGGAUGCUAACAGCAUUUUUGUCUACAUGAAUUCAACUAGGAAUCCAACUGCAACCAUAUUUAGGACUAACGAGGAAAAAGAUACAUUGGCCCCUGUGGUGGCUUCUUUCUCCGCAAGGGGUCCUAGUCUUGUUUCCCCAGAUAUUCUCAAGCCGGAUUUAGUGGCCCCGGGAGUCAACAUUCUCGCUAGUUGGGCUUCAAAUGCCUCUGUUUCUGAGGUUGACGGUGACAACAGAAGUUUGCAAUUCAACAUACUUUCAGGAACAUCCAUGUCAUGUCCACAUGUUUCUGGAGCUGCGGCUUUUGUUAAGUCAUUCCAUCCUGAAUGGUCUCCUUCUGCUAUUCAAUCGGCUUUGAUGACUACUGCUAGGACAUUGAGUCCCAAGAUUAACCGAGAUGCAGAGUUUGCAUAUGGAGCAGGUCAAAUCGAUCCUGUAAAGGCAGUGAAUCCUGGAUUAGUAUACGAUGCUAGUGAAGCUGAUUUUGUGAGAUUCUUAUGUGGACAGGGGUACACCACGAGGACAUUACAGCUCGUAACAGGAGAUAACAGCAGCUGCUCUAAAGCAGCUAAAGCAAGUGAUUUAAACUACCCUUCAUUUGCUCUUCCAACCCCUCCCUCCAACCUCACUGUGAGUGGUAGUUUUAAAAGAACUGUUACUUAUGUUGGGUCGGAAAAGUCAACAUACAAAGCCACUGUGAGUGGUCCUCCGGGGCUGAAAAUCCAAGUGAACCCAAGUGUUCUUUCCUUCACUUCCUAUGGUGAAAAGCAGAGCUUUGUGCUUAGCAUUGAAGGAAGCUUGGAAGCAUCUAUAGUGUCAGCAUCUUUGGUUUGGAGUGAUGGUAUGAUCCCAGUGAGAAGCCCUAUUGUUGUGUUCAAUUCACCUCAAUAGAUCUUUAUUAUUUUAUGAUUACUAUUAGACAUUGAAUAAAUUAAUGCAGAACAGAAGUAUCCAACGUUUUGUUUGAAGAA